AUGGUUUCUCGAAGAAUCAUCCACGGCCGAAGACUUGGGAGGAUUCCAUUUUCGUUUCUAGAGGAUAUUCAUGAGAGGUUUGUUCGGACUUAUGGACGCGCAAUUCAUUCAGAUUCAGCACAAGCUUAUGCAAUGAAUGAUGAGUUCUCAAGAGUUCUCAGCCAACAGAUUGAGUAUUACUCUAAUGAUCCUAAUGCCGAUUGGAUUAAUCGAAUUAAGGGUGAAAUCAGGCCCGGCCCACCCAUAAGGCAGCUAAAUCAUGUGAGGGAUGUCAUGAGAGAGAACAUUGAAAAAGUUCUUGAUAGAGGCGAACGUCUUGAGCUUCUUGUCGAUAAAGCCGAAAAUAUGCAAGGGAAUACUUUCCGGUUUCGAAAGCAAGCUCGUCGUUUCAGCAACACGACGAGGUGGAGAAAUUGCAAGCUCAUGCUACUUUUAAUACUAGUAUUGUUGGUGAUCAUAUACGGUGCG